UUGCGAUUAGUGCUAGCAAAACCAUUCACAAUUGAUAAUUGAUAAUUGUUCUUGUCCAGGUUGUCCGCUUGUUUGGUUAAGUAUUAAUUUCCUCGUUUUUUCACUUUCCACAAAAAUUUUCGAGUUGAUAUAGUGCCAGAAUGGGAGUUCCGGCUUUUUUUAGGUGGUUAAGUAAGAAGUAUGCGUGUGUUAUAGUUGAUUGCAACGAAAAUAAGACUACGGAUCCAGACACUGGAAAAGCUAUAUACGAAGACGCCACUCUCCCCAACCCUAAUGGGAUUGAGUUUGAUAAUUUAUAUUUAGAUAUGAAUGGUAUAAUACAUCUGACUCAUCCCGAAGAUAAGCCCGCUCCGAAGAAUGAAGACGAAAUGAUGGUAGCGAUAUUUGAAUGUAUUGAUCGCUUAUUUGGCAUUGUUCGUCCUCGCAAAUUGUUAUAUAUGGCCAUUGACGGAGUGGCGCCCAGAGCCAAAAUGAAUCAGCAAAGAUCGCGCCGUUUCAGGGCUGCCAAGGAAGCAAAUGAAAAACGCGUCGAAAUACAAAAGAUACGAGAUGAGCUUCUAGUCAAAGGUUGUAUACUACCGCCUGAAAAGACUGAUGAGGAGCACUUCGUCAAUUGUAUAACACCAGGUACGCCGUUUAUGGAUAGAUUAAGUAAAUGUUUACAUUAUUACAUCCACGACCGAAUGAAUACAAACCCUGCCUGGAAAGGCAUAAAAGUUGUAUUGUCAGAUGCCAAUGCACCCGGAGAAGGUGAACACAAAAUAAUGGACUACAUUCGGAAACAAAGGGCUCAACCAGAUCACGAUCCAAAUACACAACAUGUUUUGUGUGGUGCAGAUGCCGAUUUGAUUAUGUUGGGCCUGGCCACACAUGAACCUAAUUUUACCAUUAUAAGAGAAGAAUUUUUACCCAACAAACCUCGUCCUUGUGACAUAUGUAAACAAUAUGGACAUGAGAUGCAAAAGUGUGUGGGACUAGGCAAUGCAGGUAGCUCAAAUGAUGAAAGCUUUAAACCCGAUGUUCCAAUAAAUGCUGAAGUGAGAUUCAUAUUUGUACGUUUAAGUGUUCUUCGGGAAUACCUAAAAAAAACUUUGGAAAUGCCGAAUUUGCCAUUCAAGUAUGACUUUGAGCGCGCUUUGGAUGACUGGGUUUUUAUGUGCUUCUUUGUUGGCAAUGAUUUUUUACCACAUUUACCGAGUCUUGAAAUUCGUGAAGGCGCAGUGGAUCGAUUAGUAGAGCUUUAUAAAAAAUGUGUCUAUAAAACUGGUGGAUAUCUAACAAAUUCAGGCGAUGUGAAUUUGCAGAGGGUACAAAUGAUACUAACUGAUUUGGGCAAUGUUGAAGAUAACAUUUUCAAGGAGAGACAGCGACGUGAACAACAAUUUAAAGCACGUCAAAAGCGUCAGCGUGAAAACGAAUAUAGAGCAGAAAGUCUUGGCGCGUCAACGUUCUUUCAACCUAGCGCUGUAAAUCGAGGAGCUUCAGGCUCACAACGCGGUGCAUUCAAUUACAAGGAAGAAGCUAUGAAAUUAAGAAUGCAAAAUAAUAAAGGAGUUAAAAGGACAGCUGCCGAAGCAGGGCUUGAUAACGAUUCUGAAGAAGAUGAUAACGACGAAGUCCGAUUAUAUGAAGCAGGCUUCAAAAAUCGCUAUUAUGAAUCUAAAUUCGACGUGGGUACAAAUAACCCCGGCUUUCGCUACUCUGUUGCUUUGCAGUAUGUACGUGGGCUAUGCUGGGUACUAAAAUAUUACUAUCAAGGUUGUGCUUCGUGGGAUUGGUAUUUUCCUUACCAUUAUGCACCCUUUGCUUCAGAUUUUGUAAACAUAACGGGUUUGUCGACAAGUUUUGACAGAGGUACAAAACCAUUUAAUCCGCUUGAACAAUUGAUGGGUGUCUUUCCUGCAGCCAGCUCGUCACAUGUACCAAAGCCAUGGGCUACUCUAAUGUCCGAUCCGGAUUCACCAAUUAUUGACUUUUAUCCUGAAGAUUUUAAAAUUGAUUUAAAUGGCAAAAAAUUUGCUUGGCAGGGCGUGGCCUUGCUUCCAUUUGUAGACGAACGGAGGCUUUUUAAAGCUCUAAAACCGUAUUAUAGUAAAUUAACUGAAGAAGAGAUUCGACGUAAUAAACGCGGAGAUAAUCGCCUUUAUAUUGGAAAAUUGCACCCUAAGUUUGAAUGGUUUAAGCAUCAGCUGAAAUCACUUUCAUCUAUGGAGCAAAAAAUUUCUGUUGUUUUGGAAGGAAUGGGUGGUAGCAUUUUAAAAGCUGAAGAUAAUGUAAAAAUUCAAGGUUCACUUAAAUCGCCAAUAUAUGGACUGCCGAAUAUAACAUCCAACGAGCUUAUUACAGUACGCUUCCGGGAUCCUGAAUAUGACAUUGAAUUCAUAUUUCCUGCCAAACGGUUGCCUAACGCAAUAGAUCCUCCAAACGUACUUAACUCAAAUUCAGAAGGAGGACAGUCUGGACACAAUCGACCAAUUAUAGGAUUCAACAGAAACCUCCCAACUGGACAUUUGAGUGCAGGGGGUCAUAGAAUGUUACAAGCCAACUUGGGCAGACCCAAUUAUAACACGGGUGGAAAUAACAGGGGGCAAUAUCCUCGAGGACCGAAUCCCCAACAAAAUUUCCAAUCUCGAUCUGGUUAUAAUAAUUACCAAAACAAUUUUGGCAACAAUUCUGGCGGAAAUAAUUACCGGAAUAAUCAACAACACCAGCAGAGAGGUGGACAACAUAACAACAGAUUCCAAAGGUAUAAUCCUUAUGGGCAACAUAACAAUAGAUAUUAAUAAAAUUAAAGCUUUAGUUUAAUUUGUAAAAGAUAUCUUUUAAAAUACAAUGGACCCUAAUAUAAUCAAUAAUCAUAAGUUGAUACGUACUGUGUUAUGUACAAAAAAA